ACAAUUUCUUCUCUCAAUUCUCUACUUCCACUUUCUCUCUCUAAAAAACUUUCCGAGCGAUGUCGAGGCGGCCCGGCAAGGAAGUGGCGGCACAGGCGGCGGGUGGACAGCGGUUUUCCGGCGAGAAGGCAUCGUAUUUUCGUUCUGGGGCUGGGAAGAGUAUGGACAUUAUGAGAAGUACGAUGAACUCAAUGGAGAGCUCGGGGCCCAGACACGUUAGAUCCCGUGGUAUUUCGGCCUCGGCUCGUAGAGAACGGGUGCACUAUUCUGAGGAUGAUGAAGAUGAUGAUGGUGAUGAGGAGGAGGAGGAGGAGGAGGAUGCAGAUGAGGAUGUGGACGAUCAGAGUGGACCAUAUGAUGAUUACGGUCCAUUCAGUCAGAGGCUUGAUGAUGUGUAUGAGACGCGUAGGGUAGACGUGCGUAAGGGUAGAGAUGGUAGAUUUGUUAGUAGAUCUGGCACAUCAUCUGCGUCCACUGUGUCUGCGGUUAGCAGAAAACGGUCGAGGGCCGUUAAUGAUUCUUGGGUGGUGAGGGGCGAGGUGGCUGGGGGACCUAUAGACGGGAGUGUGAUUCCUAGCUUUCUAGGACACAUCGCUACCCGUAUUUGGGAGGACCAAGAGCGGGCUUUGGAUAGCGGCAUUUUGAAAUGCCAAACCCGGGAGAGGACUUGUAACUUCUUGUGUAGUUGGGCUGAGGCUUGGCCGGAGGAGAGCGAGAUGGUCGGCCGAUUGAGGGCCACUAGAGUGAGCCACCUUCCUGCCACCAUGCAUGAGAGGAUAGGGCUGCGCUGUACACAGCGGCACUUGGUGUGUGGGAUCACGGCGGUGUUAAGAUCGCAGCAGUUUUGCAGCGAUGUUUGCACCCCACUUCACGUAGGACGCAGGACACACAGCUGGCUGCAUAUGUUUUUCUUCUUCUCGGGUGUACCUUGUUUCCGGAUAAGAGCGGAAACAAGCUCAGGCCACGCGACAUAGUUGACGCGUGUGAGCCCGACAGAGUAGGCCAGUUUUCUUGGGGGUCGGCUACAUUAGCGUACAUGUAUCGCCAGUUAGGAUUCUCGAGCCGGGCUGAUGCGGCAGGUAUCACUGGAUGUAUGACGUUGUUACAGACGUGGAUAUACGAGUAUUUCCCGGCGUUUCGACCACACCGCGACCCGGUUCCUAUUGGGGAUGGCCAGCCACGUGCCUGUGCGUGGAGUCCGCGUGUCGAGAAGAAGUCCAUUGACCGCCUGCGAUCGAUACGGUUAUUGCUUGACAGGAUGUCCCCAUUAGAGGUGAACUGGAUGCCUUUCGGCCAGAACCCUAGUAAUAGGGUACCCAGGACCCUCUACACGGGACUGAUUCAGUAUCGUGAGAUCGUAGAGGCGUACAUGCCGCAGCGCUGUCUUCGCCAGCUUGGAUAUGUCCAAGUUGUUCCUCCUCCACCAGCAUGGCACCAGUAAGGCCGUCCGAUCUGCGUCGUUGAAGGAGUACGUCGUCCAAUGGCCGGCAAGCAUGAUUGGCACGUGGGAGCAGUUUCCGAUGGUUGCCCGCAUAUGGAUUGAGCAGUUGCAGCGGCCGCCAACUGGGGUGGCUGCCAUGUGUGACCAGCACUACAUGGAGUGGUACAACCGGCACUCGCACCCGAGGUUGAUCAGAGACGUCCACCACGGCGACGACGCCGAUGAUGAUGAUGUGCCACCGCCCACUGCCGUGGAUGCGUGGAUGGGAAAGAUGACGCAGUUGGGACACAGACUUUUUGAGGAGAGGGACAACAUGACGACUGCAACAGGCAGAGCUGUUAUUGAUGAACUGGAACGGGCCCUUGAGCAGUGGCAGUGGGCGUCACAGAGAGAUUAUUGAUAUGUCGGCAGUGCAUUUAUAAAACAUUUUCCUAGUUGUUUGUAAAAGUUAACAUUAUCUGUUCUUAUAAUUAUUAUUUUAAGUUCUUAGAAUUUGACAUUA